AUGCGUUUUUUUGCCGCGACAUCGUCACCAAAAUCUGUGCGGACGAUUCAGACGAAAGAGAAGAAUUCGACGAGGCAGAACACGAUUGGAAACAAAAACAUCGCAUCAUCUACGAGAAGAAUACGUUCGAGAAGCAACAGCUUUAAAAGAGGAAAGGCGAUGCUGGUCAAAGCGGCGGGACACGAGGACAUCGCGGCGAGGUUUCGCGCCGAACGCGCCGCUGCUGCUGCCGCAAAAGCUGCCGAAAAUUCUAAAGCGGUUGAAAGUACGCCUCCUCCUCCUGAAAAGACGAACAAAGUCGAACACGAGGACAAGACGGCGUUUUACGCGAUGGCGAUGAAACGACACGCGGAAAAGUUACUCGAGAACGAACGCGCGAAAAAAGCAAACUAUCCAAUGUUUAGAACGACGGACGUGGAUAAGAACUUUGCGGAGUUCAGCACGAAGUGCGACGGGUUGAUGCGUUUGUUCGGCGCGACGGGGACUUUGUUCGUUUUGGAUAAAGUGAUUUCGAAGAAAGUUUUAUCGCAAGGCAUUUCGUUUCCUGGACCGCUGGUGGUUAUGUUUGGGUUGAUUUUUGCUUUAUUGGCGAUGGAUGCGUUGGCGAAAGACGAGGAGAGCUCGUUGUCCGCGCAGGUGUGCCACUUGUUCGCGCCGGCGAUGGAUUGGAUUACCAGUUGGUUGCCGGUGUUUUACGUGCCUUCGUUGGUGACGUUGCCGUUGGUCGUGUCGACGAUGGAAGCGGCGACGCUCGGGAAGAUUAUCGGUUUACUCGUCGUCGGGUUCGUGGUGACGUGCGCGUUUAGCGCAAAGUUAGCCACGAAGGUGAGAGAAAUGACUGGCGUCGAGAUGCAACCUUUGCCGCAAGAGAAAGCAAAACCGCCGACGACGGAUUUGGUCAAACAGUUGGUUGGAUUUACGACGAUGAUGAGUUACCUUUCAGCGAGUUGGUUACCCGCCACGGACGCGUACCAACCGUUCUUUGUCACUGUUGGUUUAGUAGGCGCGACGGUGUCGUCCUUAUUAAUCGGUAACGUCGACAAAGUGAAGGCAAAGAUGAACCCGAUUGUCACGUGCGCGGUCUUAUCCAACCUCGGCGUAUACAUCAUGGGUUUGUGCACCGGUGCCGGGUACCAGGCCACUUUGAAACUGUAUAAAUCUGGAGUGUCGUUUACGGACAUGAACUCGUUAUCUGCCAUGGGUGCCGGCGAUAUCCUCAUGGCCUUUUUAGGUUCCGUCAUCGUCUCCUUCGCGUUUAAAGUCUACGGCGCGAGGAAAAUUAUCAAACGACACGCGUUGGAAAUUUUUACCUGCUUAGUCGGCACGUCCACGUUUGCUAUGUUUUCCACCGCCUUCUUAGGUCGACUCAUCGGUUUGACCCCGGCUAUUUCUCUCGCCUUGGUCCCACGAUCCGUCACCGUCGCUUUAGCGAUGCCGGUGACCGUGUCCUUGGGCCAUCCAGAAAUGGUUUCCUUGACCGCCGCCGCGGUUGUUUUAACCGGACUCCUCGGUUCCGCGCUCGCCACGAAAGUGUUGGACCAAUCCGGCGCGAACGACCCUAUUUCCAGAGGCAUGGCCACCGCGGCUUCCUCCCACGGUUUAGGCACGGCUGCGUUGGUGAGUAAAGAGCCGGAAGCGUUGCCGUACGCGGCUUUGAGUUACGCGUUGAGCGGUAUCGUCAGUUCCGUGUUAGCGGCGACGCCCGUCGUCACCGCCGCGUUGGUCGGCAUCGCCGGCGGUGUUGGCGCUUAA